AUGUCGUUGAUCCGUGAGGUGUACCGUUGUCUCGAUACCGAAACACGCAGCACGGUCGCUGCGAAGAUUGUCAGCUUGGAGCUAAGCACGGAGGAAAUGCAGACGGUACAAAGAGAAAUUCAGAUGCUCCAGCAAAUGCGACACCCGUGUAUCACGGCCUGCUAUGACAGCUUCAUGGACGGGUCCGAUCUUUGGAUCAUUAUGGAGUACUGCGCAGGCGGCAGCUGCUCUGACUUAGUACGUACGCAUACACUGCAGGAGCGAUACAUUGCUAUCAUCUUGCGUGAGGUACUGCGCGCUCUGGCGUAUAUCCAUGCCGAGCAAAAGAUACACCGAGAUAUCAAGGCAGCCAAUAUCCUCCUGCAUGAGGACGGCUCAAUCCGCCUGGCGGAUUUUGGCGUGGCCGGCCAGCUGCAUGCCCAAGCGAAGCGCGUCAACUCAUUUGUGGGCACGCCCUACUGGAUGGGGCCAGAGGUCGUCAAACAAAGCGGCUACACCACUAGCGCCGACAUCUGGAGCGUAGGCAUCACCGCAAUCGAACUCGCCAAGGGCGAGCCUCCGUACGCGGACUUACACCCUAUGAAAGUACUGCAUCUUAUACCCCGCAACCCACCGCCGCAGCUACCCAAAACGUACUCGUCCGCGUUCCGCGAUUUUGUUUCGCAGUGCCUCACACGCGAUCCGCUAAAGCGCCCAUCGGCUGCCGAGCUCCUAAAGCACCCAUUUAUUCGCAAGGCUGGAUCGACCAAGCAGCUAGCACAGUUCGCGAGAUCUCGACCGCUCAAAGUGCGCAAGUCGAAACAGGCGGUCCCCAAUGAACCAGCAAAGGCACCCCUGUGGGAUUUCGCAUCGAUGCGGCCAUCACUCGUCGAGCCUGCGGACGACCUAACUGGUCGUGAGCCUGUGUCACCGUUGCCUGAGCCGGCGCCCCGGUUGACCCUAUGGAAACAGACCUAUCGGUCCUUGCUGGGCCGCACGGGCCGUGAGCCAACAUCCACGCCGUCCUCACAUGUUGUGCAAUACGAUACAGGCAUGGAUCCAGCCUAG